AUGGGUUUCCUCGACCAGUUCACUUCCCAGGCGGGCGAUUACGAGCAGUUCCAGAACACUCCCCCGGAGGAGCACCGGGCCAAGUUCUCCCAUGAGCUGAUUGCCGGUGCCGCCUCUUUCGAAGCCGCCAAGGCCUACGAGCAGCACGUCGCCAAGAAUGGCCAGCCCUCCAGCCACGCUGAGGCUAAGGAAAUCUUCGCUGGUUUCGCCGGUGCCUUCAUUGACCGUGAGGUUGAGACCAGGGGUCUUGACUUCAUCGAUAAGGAGAAGGCCAAGCGCCACGCCGAGCAGCAGUUCACCGAGGACCACUACAACUACUAG